UGCUCUGGUGCUCGUCGUCACUAUGUCGAUGUCACCGCGUGAUGACGAUGCGAGAGACGAUGGCUGCAUCAGGAUUCCUGUACGUGGUGCGCAGCAAACCGUGGAGGUGUACACCGAGGAACUACCAAGCGACUACAACGACGUUGUCGAUGUGCUCAAGGCGGAAAUCGCACCGCUGGAUAUCUGGUUACGUUUUGCGGUGGAGUACUACAGGCAAGGUUCCGAAGAACAUUUCCGUGGUAUCCUGAACGAGAUAAUCGAGGCGCUUACCCCAGACACGGAGAGAUUCUACGCGGACGAUCGAAGGGCAUUCGAUGUCGGUCGAAUUCGCAUCCUCAACGCGCUUGCGGCGGACUCGGUCAAGCAAGCAUCCAAGUGUUCCGACAGGAGCGCACGAGAUGAUGGGUACACUACAGCGCUGAGUCAUCUCACGAGUGCUGACAGGAUUGAUAACAUGUCGGAACUGACAUGGGUAGGGAAAGGCGUGUUUUACCUGUGCCAGGGGGAGCUUGACCGUGCCAAGUACUUCUUCGAAAAUGCUCGCAAGCAACGUCACAACUUCCCGGCGACCCUCGGGGAGGCAGCUGUGAACUUUCACCACGGCAACUACAAACAGGCCCUCGAUCUGUACAGGUGGGAGCCUAACCUAAUCGUUGGGCAUGUUGGUGCGUGCACGCCGUGCGCCCGCGAGGCAAUCCGUGUGAAUCCGGAAUGCUCUGCGUCAGUGCGAGUAGGCCUGGGGCUGUGUUGCUACAAGCUAGGCCAGAUAUCCCGUGCCCAAGCCGCCAUGACCCGUGCGCUUCAACUAGAUCCCCAGAAUGUUCAAGCACUGGUCGGUAGCGCGAUUCUGGAGUUGUCGACCGCCUCUGCCGGGUCACAGGAUGCGGUCAGGAGAAUGGAAAAUGCGAUCAACACGAUUAGCAUGGCGUAUCAUGUGGAUUCCAAGAAUGCAAUGGUUCUGAACCACCUGGCAAAUCACUACUUCUGGACAUGGUCGCCGCUCAAAGCCACUCUCAGCAUUGCGCAAGGUUCGAGGUCAGGGACGGUCAGUGGGGAUCUGAAGGAUGAACUUGUGGCAGGGGACAUCAUCCGCAUAGGAUCUGGGUUCGCGACAGCUGUGGGGAACGAGGGUUUCGAUGGGACUACUUUGCACCUGCGUGAAGAGUUCACGGAACCAUCAGGGGACCAAUUGAAGCUGUUCACGAAGGAUUACCGCAAGGUCGUCGAACUGGCCAGUACCGCGUACGAGAACACAAGUGCGUCAGAAGUCAAGGCUGAGAGCUGCUAUCUCAAGGCGCGGGUGCACCACGCGACAGGGAACCUCAGCGAGGCAAAGCUUUUGUACAAUGAAGCGUGCCACCUGUGGCCUCAAUUUCCUCUUGCGCAGUACGGUAUGGCCCAAAUGCUGGUGAACGAGGGAAGCAUCGAUCCGGCGAUGAAGGCGCUUAACGCGGUACUGGCUGAAGUACCAGACAAUCAGGAGGCACUGGUCCUGCUGGGCGUGUUGUGCGCCAAAAACAAGGACCGCUUGCUCGCGCUGUCAAAGUUUAAGAGGGCCCUUGAGUUGAAUCCUCGUCUGUCGGAUGCAUGGAUCGCUCAAGCACAGGUGCUCCAGGAAGAUCCUGCGGAUCACAAGCUAGCUCUAUCUUCAUACCUGAAGGGGCUGGGAGAUGGUGGAGCCGCCUCUACCGGAACGACUUUUCCGGAAGGUCCGAGCGACCGGAGUGGUUCGCAGACACGCCAAGCCGCCUGGACAAAUAUCGCCGUGUUGCACGAGCACAUUGGAAACGCCGCGGAAGCUAUGACAGCUUAUAGGCAUGCACUCAGCGAGAAGGGCUCUGAAGUAAAACGCACCGACGAUACCGUAGACUCGGAUGCCUUGCUUCGCAUCACUGAUCCCGCUAAUCAGCUGUUCUGGGAGUGGAAAGAACUCCCCGCAACGGCGUCCGUAGUGGAGGGAUCGCGCACGGUGCAGACGUCCGUACCAAUCAGGGGAGCCUUGCGAAAGGGAACACAUGUCCGGGUGGGCGAGCACUACGUUACGACAGCGCAAGGACCCGAGAAGGAUGGUAAGUUUGAGGUUGCAGAUGUGGCGCCCGGUGGAGUGGAUGGUCUGGCGCUGGAAGGACCGCUGUUUAAGAAGGUGCACAAAAUCCGGGUUACAAAGGAAAAUGUGUCCAUGGUGUUCAACCUGGCGUUACUUCACGAGAAGCAGGGCCACCAUGAGGCCGCCCAAGAGCUGCACAAGGCCGUUCUUGCUGAGCACCCGACUUACGUCAACAGUUACCUCCGUCUUGGGGUCAUGGCUCGUGACUCUGGACAAAUUCACGAGGCGAGCAAAUGGUUCAAGCAGGCCUUGGAGGUCGACGGCGAGAACCCGGAUAUAGUUGCUUACAUCGGCAACCUUCACAUGCGCAACUCUGAAUGGGGCCCGGCGCAAAAAAAGUUCGAGAAAAUACUAGAGAUGCCUGGACUUCGGGGAGACAGCUACGCGAAUCUUUCUUUGGGAAACAUAUUCUUCAGCAACCUGGAAGACCGUACGAAAUACGAGAAACAUCUCCUUCACGCCGCAAACUUUUACCACGAAGUCCUCAAAAAGGAUGACGCCAACGCUUUCUCAGCUCGCAAUAUGACCCAGCGUGUUCUACCGUCAUCCGCAUCUCGCUGUGUUGUGUUUUUGCCAGCGAACGGUUUGGGAAUGGUUCUGGCGGAAAAGGGAACGUUAGAUCACGCGAAGGAUGUAUUCGCACGAGUUAGAGAAGUGUCCGCGGAGGUUCUUGGAGACGUUUGGAUCAACCUGGCGCACGUAUAUCUCGCCCAAAACAAACACAACGAGGCCAUUCGUUUGUACCAGAACUGCCUCAAGAAGUUUCACGGUGGGCGAGACCCGAGCUUGCACAUCUACUUGGCUCACGCGUACUUCGACGCGCGCCAGUACAACGACUGCAUGCGAGUGCUGCUCAAGGCGCUGCACGUGUCACCCAACAACCUACAGCUCUGGUACAACCUGGCUCUAGCAAGGGAGACUUUCGCCGUCGCUGUGCUGCAGAAAGAGCAGAAAGGAGAGGCUCGCACUUUGGCUGAGGUGGAGAAUGCCAUCGAAGACCUCAAGGGUGCAACAAAGCUGUUUUCCUGGCUUAAGGACUGUAAACCAGAUAAGACCGGAGGAGUUCGUCACCUGCCGUAUGACGCCAGCAAAGCAGAGAAACACGCCAAGUUCUGCUUUGACAACAUCGAACGUGCCGCUCAGCACCUUAAUCACGAGAAGAUGAAGGCUGACCAACAACAGGAAGUGCACGAGAGGCACCAGCGGGCACUGGAAAAGAUGGUCCAGCAGCGCAAGCAAGAGGAAGAGGAGCAGCGGCGGCGUCAAGAGACCCACGCUCGUGAACGCGAAGAAAGGGCCAAACUGAAGCAGGCAAGCUUGCACAAGCUUCAAGAGAGCUGGACAACGCAAACGCACACGGAGCUGAGCAAGCCCGGAGGUGGGAAAGGGGGGAGAGGAAGGGAGCAAAGCUCGAACCAGGCACCUCAGUAUGAGAGUGGGUCAGAAGAGGAUGCAGAUGUACUCUCUGAAAACGACGACGAUGGGGCAGGGCAGGCCGACAGAUACGGGGAUGGCGCCGGAACGAGCGAUGCGCAGGCGCCCUUGCUGCCGCAACCUAACCUGAAGGACAUCGGGUUAUCGUCAAGCAGUGACGAUUCUGACGACGCGUUCGGGGGUGAGGAAGAGCGUGAGGCCAGCGCAGGGCAAAAGAGAAAAUGGGACAGUGACGAAGAUGAGGCCGGACAGGCGGACCAAACGGCAACCAAGAGGCAAACGAUUGAAGACUUGGAAUAGAUCUCCUCCAUGCACAUGCA